AAUACGUUCGUCGACGGUCGUACGUAGUAUUUUCACGAUUCAUUGAAUUUUUCAUUCAUUGUUUUGCGAUUUGCAAUGUGAUUCAAUCCGAAUUAUUAUUUUUGUGAAUUUUAAUUUUUGUGUGAAUGUCGCGUAGUUUCUGUGAAGUGAUCCUAUGACGUGAUAUUUAUUUACGUAUCGAUUGUAUUUAAAUGACCGAAACCAGCCAACCAGAAGACUGACUAUGCAACUAAGCCACAUUCCACAAAAAAGCAUGCGCACGAGCAAGUGACAAUAUGGCAGCACCAGCGAUACGGCAAGAGGAGGUGAGCGAUGAGGCGCAGGAGAAGUUGUUGGUUACUCCUGUCGUCCAGGAUGAAGGUUUACUAUCUGUCAAGUCUUCAAAGAAAGUGAAACUACCCGAGGAUGAAGAGGGAAAAGUCGGACGUUUUACGAUCGGGCCGGCUCCUGAACGAGACUGGGAGAUGGUGCCUCCGGACGGCAGGUGGGGCUGGUGCGUGCUUGUAGGUGCGACGCUCGUGAACAUCCUCAUCCCGGGCACGAUCAAGUCAUUCGGAGUGCUUCUGGUUGAGUUCAACGACGUAUUCCAGUCGAGUGCCUCUGCAUCAUCAGGGAUAGUAGCUUUAUGCUACUUCUUGUACAGUAGUCUGGGGCCACUAUCGUCAAUUCUAUCUGUAAGAUGGUCGUAUCGGACAGUUACUUUAAUCGGAGGCAGCUUUGCAGCCUUCGGAAUGAUUUUCAGCAGUAUGGCGUAUUCAAUAGGUUAUUUGUAUAUUAGUUUUGGCGCCAUGGUGGGUACAGGAGCGGGGCUGGCCUUCCCCCCCACAGUAUACAUCGUGACGUCGUAUUUCGUUCGUCUCCGCGGAUUAGCAAACGGAAUUUGUAUGUCUGGUUCAGCAUUUGGCAGUAUCAUCCUACCACCAGUAUUGAGAUACUUAUUGGAGACGUAUGGUUAUAAGGGCGCAGUGCUGAUCCUUGGUGGUAUUAUGCUUAAUGUGUGGGCUGCUGCGUUACUCUUUCAACCGGUGGAAGAGCAUAUGGUGAAGAAAUUCAACGAGCCUGAGGAGGAUGAAGAAGGGCCGCAGGACGACAUUUUAUUCGAAGAGGAGGAACCAAUUGAGACGUUCAAUCUACGUACAGAAAAACAAAAUGGCGAACCCGACUUAAGCAAGGAGACCUCUGAGAGGACCCUUUCACAAGUUCAAAUACACACGCCACGCACAAAUUCCACACAAAACCUACGUCAGAAUGCUUCCAAACGGAAGCUUUCGUACACUCGUCCCAUUCCAAAACCCACCAGUUCGGCUUCCAUGGCCCUAGAUGGCGUACCCGAUAGUAGAAAACUCGGCUCCACUGAAACGUUCAGCAGACGGCUCAGUACUACCAAACGGAACAUGUCGACCACUAGCUUUGCGUACGUCUCCACACCAUUCCACGGUUCUACUUUGUCAGCUUUCGAUCAGCCGAACGAGUUCGCCUCCCAAUUUUCCCUGAAGUCCAUAACGGACAGCGUGGCUGAUGUCGCAUACUGUUGUUUCUGUUGCAAGCGGAAGAAGCGGAAGGAGCCAAAUAAAUUCUUUGACGUUUCCCUUUUGAGUGAUCCCACGUAUUUAGUCAUUUUGAUUUCCAGCAGCACAGUCGCCAUCUCCGUGACGAAUUUUAUUAUCCUCCUACCCUCAUACGCGCAAAACAUCGGCUUCGAUAAGUCGCAGGGCGCGUUGUUACUCAGUACGGUGUCGGCGCUCGACUUGGUCGGACGUAUCGGCGGCUCCGCGUUGUGCGACCUGAAUAUUAUACCGAAAACCGUGUAUUUUGUCGGUGGUCUAUUCUUUUCCGGUAUUAUAUUAGCGAUUAUACCGUUUUUACAUUCCUAUACAACGCUGAGUAUUUUCUGCGCGCUGUUCGGUUUGACUUCAGGUGUAAAUAACGGUGUUACAACUUUAGUAAUGGCCGAAAUUUUGGGGGUGGAUCGGUUAAUGUCGACUUACGGUAUUAGUUUAUUUGUCAACGGUCUGUUGCAGUUGAUAGGACCGCCAGUCUGUGGUCUAUGGUUCGAGCACGAUAAAAACUUUGUCAAUAUGUUUGUUACCUUUGGGUUUAUUUUCAUAGCGGGGUCGUCUCUAUGGUUGUUUAUGCCCAUAAUUAAUAGACGUAAAAAGAAGUUGGAGGGCCAACACGUGUAGCGUACAAAUUAGUUUUAAGGUUUUUUUUUAUAUUUUUAGUACUAAUAAAAAUUUUACGCGCAAAUGUAUUUAGCACAAUUUUUAAUUAUAUCUAAUAAGAUAUGUACGAAUUUAUAAAUUUUACAUAAUAUAUUCGUUUACAUCGAGGCUUGAAUUUUUGCCAAAAAAUACUUUUAUAGCGGGUCAGCUGACGUCCACACAGUUCUUGCAGGAUAAAAUAGGAACCUCCUAGCUUGAGAUUCAGAACUAUGACUCGUAUGUCAAAAAAACUUGGAUUUGACAUACGGAAGUCAUACUUAGCGCUAAGUAUCGACUCUAAAUAUCACCAUUCUAUGUGAGUUACCUUUGUUUAUCCUAAGUAGUGAUGUCAAACUUAAUAUUUUAGACAAACGAAUUUUUAACGAGUAUUUUAAAUAUAGUUACCUUUUCUAGUUUUAAAGCGAGUUACUUUAUAUAAAAACUCAAUUAUUUUUAUAAGAUAGAAUAUUUCAUAACAUACGUGUCAUUUCAGUGACACCCAAAACAGUUCGUUAAAAUGAUAAAAUCCUAAUUAAUUAUAAAUUUAAGUAUCAAAAUUCGUCAGCGAAUAUUUUUAUCAUAUUUAAAUCACUGACAAAAGAUUCUCAAUCAAAAAUUCUACUAAUACGGGAGAAACCCGUGAAUUAUGACCAAUAAUUUACUACGAAAACGUUACGUCUCGAGAACUGUCAAAAGUCAGUGAAACUUGACACAUCUAAGGCUGUCUUUGGUUGACGCGAGUAAAUUUAAUUAAUUUCUUUUACACAGAUCUAGGCAAUUUAUAGGGAUUUGACGUUUCGAGUGCCGAUUGAGGUUACACGAGGCAGUCUUGAUUUAUCCUAUUAGUAUUUUUUACGAGAGAUAAUACAGAGUAAAUAAUGUAUUCAUACUUGUAACAGCACAAUGUAUGUUACUAAUUAGGGGAUUUGUAUUGUUAUGUAAAUAAAUAUUUUGAUAUUU